UUUGCCUUUGCCUUCACUGCAACUCUCUCUCCUCCUAUAUAUAUUCACAGUCUCACCGUCUCUCUCUCGCUUUCAAACGCUCCGCAUAAAUCCAUAUCGGAACUUUUAACCUUUUACGAUGGCUGAGGAGAGAUCGACCGGGAAGGUGCGGUGGUUCAACGACGUCAAGGGCUACGGCUUCAUCACCCCCGACGCCGGAGGCGAGGACCUCUUCGUCCACCAGUCCUCGAUCAGAUCCGACGGAUUCCGCACCGUCGCGGAGGGUGAGUCCGUCGAGUUCCUCAUCGACUUCGGCGAUGACGGCAAGACCAAGGCCAUCGAUGUGACAGGCCCUGACGGUGCGCCGUUGAUCGGUAACAAGAAGGAGAGCUUCGGUCACUCUGGUGGCCGUGGCGGAGGUGGUGGUGGUUCUGGAUUUAGCGGUGGAUGGAGAGGCGGUGACCGGAGGAAUGGGGGCGGUUCCGGUGGUGAUGGGUGCUAUAGUUGCGGCGAGCCUGGGCACAUGGCUAGAGAUUGCCGUCAGGGCAGUGGUGGUGGCGGAGCCGCUGGUGGUGGCUGUUUUACUUGCGGUGGGUAUGGCCACGUGGCAAGGGCCUGCCCUAAUGGGAGUAUCGGUGGUGGUGGAGGUGGUGGCGGAGGCGGCUGCUACAAGUGUGGUGCAUUUGGGCAUUUGGCUAGGGACUGUGCUACUGGUGGAGGAAGCGGCGGCGCUGGCGCUUGCUAUAGCUGUGGGGCUUAUGGCCACAUGGCCAGGGAUUGCAGCAGCGGUGGUGGGGAUGGCGGUGCUCGUGGAGGAGGACGAUAUGGAUUCAGCUCUGGAUCAGGUUGUUAUAACUGUGGGGAAUCAGGGCAUUUUGCUAAGGAGUGUUCUAACCCUCCUAAUGCCAAGGCUUGAAGAAAAUAAAAGAGAAGAGAGAGAGUAAUAGUAAAUAUUCUCUUGAAGAAUCUUUAGUCUUUUUUUACUAAAGCAUUAGUCUUUUGGUAAUUGGGUCUCUUAAUUUUGCGUUUUGGUGGGAUAUACAUAUGAUGGUUUUUGCAAAAGGGUUUUAAUUUCUCUGAUGGUUGAUAAGUGUUGUCGUUUGGCAAACAAGUUUUCCCCUUUUACAUACAUAUAUGUGGAGGUUCGGCUAUAGAACUAGGUGCCCUUUUCAUAUUAAUCCUUGUUAUCGAUGACUCUCGGAGCUAUUAAAUUGAAAGCCUUAUAUUUCAAGUGUUAA